AUGCAUCUCUUUGCCAACACUGUGCCCAAAACAGCCGAGAACUUCAGACAAUUCUGCACCGGCGAACAUAAAGUCGCUGGCCGCCCGCAAGGGUAUAAAGGCAGCAGGUUUCAUCGUGUGAUCAAAAACUUCAUGAUCCAAGGCGGCGAUUUCCUGCACUCAGACGGCACCGGCAGCACGAGCAUCUACCACAACGCCGCCUUCCCCGACGAAUCGUUCCAACACAAACACACCGCCGCGGGAAUGUUGUCCAUGGCCAACUCCGGCCCCAACACGAACGGAUGUCAGUUCUUCAUCACCUGUGCGCCCACGCCGCACUUGGACAACAAGCACGUCGUCUUCGGUCAGGUCGCGGACCAGGAGAGCAUGAAUGUCGUGCGCAUGAUUGAGAACACGAGGACCGCGGGGCCCGGUGGGCGUGGACAAGGGGAACGGCCGGUUCUUGAUGUUCGGAUUGCCGAGUGUGGGGAGUUGUAG